UGACAUUUAUUUUGUGGUUUGAGUUUUCACAAAAAUUGAGACAUUUUGCUAUUGAAUUUUGUGAACGGAACCGAAAAAUAGAGACGGUUCACGAUACAAAUUAUUUAAAAGUUGGUGUUAUAUAAUUGAAAAUGUCGUCAAAAGCACUAGCGACGCCCAUAAUUCGUCAUGUUACGACCAGGGGGUAUGCUCAAGCUGCACCAGCUGCUGUCAAGAAUAAUGUGAAGAUUCAAUCAGGAGUUUUGUCCAAUAACACCUUUGUAGCUGCCUUAGAUAAUGGAUCACCCGUUGCAAGGGUAACAAUAGCAUUUAAAGCAGGAUCUCGCUAUGAGCCCCAAACUGAGCUGGGCAUUGCUCAUGUACUUCGCUCUGCAGCAGGUCUUACCACCAAAAAUGCUAGUGCCUUCAUGAUUUCACGAAAGCUGGCACAAGUUGGAGCUUCUGUUAGUGCGUCUGGAGAUCGCGAAUUCAUCUAUUACACCCUGGAAGCUACCCAAGAUAACCUGCCAGAAGCAAUUGACUACUUGAGCAACCUUGUGUCAAACCAGGAGUUCAGGCCAUGGGAGCUUAGUGACAAUGUUCCCCGCUUGAAGUUUGAUCUUGCUGCCAUUCCUCCUCAGGUGCGUGCAGUAGAUUUGCUGCACAAGGCAACGUACCGCCGUGGGCUUGGCAACUCGCUGUUCAUCGCGCCCAAGAAGAUCGGCAACAUCAGCUCGGAGUCCCUGCAGCACUUCGCCUCCACCGCUGUGACCACGGGCCGCUGCGCCGUCGCCGUUGUUGGGGGCAGUCAGGAAAGAGCUACUAUGGUUGCUCAGAAUCUGCAGAUUGCGUCUGGUCCUGAGGGUCAAAGUACUGCCAGCACUUACUUCGGCGGCGAAUUAAGGAAGGAGAUGGGCGGUGAUUUGGCGCACGUUGCUUUGGCUGUACAAGGCGCGCCCGCCGGCUCGCCUCAGAGCCUUGCUCUUGCAGUGGCUGCUAAAGCCCUUGGCACUGGACCAGUCAUUAAAUGGGGAGCUGACAAUACUCCUCUUGCGAAAGCGAUUGGCAAUGUUGGACCAUUCGCAGCGUGCGGUUUCAACGUUUCUUACUCUGACAAUGGCUUGUUUGGUGUGGUGCUCUCCGUGGCCAAGGACGAAGCCAAUGCGGCUGUAAAGGCAGCCGCCAAGUUACUUAAAGCUGGUAACUUGAGCGCCGACGCGAUCAAAGCUGGCAAGAACCAACUCAAGGUUCAAGUGCUGUCUGAAGCCGAGAAUGGUACUGCGCUCGCCGAGUCCAUUGCUGCUCAGGGUCUCUACACACGCUCAGUAAAGUCGCCCCUUGAGAUUGCUAAUGCAAUCGACCAACUUUCAAGCAGCGAUAUCUCCCAGGCUGUUUCAAAUGCAGUGAAGAACAAGAUGUCUAUGGGAGCAGCCGGAAAUCUCGCGUUCGUACCAUACACAGAUGAACUUUAAAAGCUAGGAAUAGUAAUUAUUAGAAUAUUAUUUAACCUACACAACCACCAUCAGGAUAAUAUAAAGAACAUAGAUUAUUGUAAUUUAUUGUUGUAUGUAUUAAAUAAAUAAAUAAACCCA